GCGGGAAUAACACUCACCCCGCCUUUGGAACCAAGUCGUUUCCUAGGUGACCCAGCGGCAGCAUCGGCCUCGACGCUCGAUUGAGCCGGCCUGGGAGAGGUUCCCAGAGGGCCGUGCGCUCCGGGCCCUGGCGCUGUCAUGGCGGGUUUGUUGAAGAAGACCACUGGCCUGGUGGGACUGGCUGUGUGCGACACCCCACACGAGAGGCUAACAAUAUUGUAUACAAAGAUUCUUGAUAUUAUGAAGCAGUUCCCUAAACAUGUAGCCUACAGAAAAUACACAGAACAGAUCACCAUUGAGAAGCUGGAUAUGGUCAAAGCGGAACCAGAUGUUAAAAAAUUAGAAAACUUGCUUCAAGGUGGUAAAGUAGAAGAGGUGAUUCUUCAGGCUGAAAAUGAGCUGAGUCUGGCAAGGAAAAUGCUGCAGUGGAAGCCAUGGGAGCCACUGUUGGAAGAGCCUCCUGCCAACCAGUGGAAGUGGCCAAUAUGAUCACUGUGUCUGAAGGUUGAUGCGAAUUAAAUGUGCAAUUAAAUGCUCUGUUAUGCUAACCUG